AUAUCAAAACCAAAUCAUAAUGUAAACAUUAAUUGUGAAAAUAUUCCUUAUUUAAAUAAUUUCAAUGGAAAGGAUCAAAAAGUUUAUUUAGAAAUUUAUGGAUGUCAAAUGAAUAUCAAUGAUGCCGAAAUAAUUUGUUCAAUUUUAAAAAAACACAAUUACGACAUAGUAGAUGACAUUAAAAAAGCAAACAUUAUUUUACUAAUUACAUGUACUAUCAGAGAAAAUGCAGAACAAAAAAUAUGGAAUAAACUACAAAAUCUAAAGUAUUGGAAAAAAAGUCAUGUUUCUAAAAUUGGCAUUCUAGGUUGUAUGGCUGAGCAUUUAAAACAUAAGAUAAUUGCAAAAGAACGCAUAGUAGAUAUUAUAGCAGGUCCAGAUAGUUAUAAAGAUUUACCGAGGCUUUUGUAUAUAAGUAAUGAUUACCAAAGUGCUAUUAAUGUUACACUUUCUGUUGAUGAAACCUAUGCAGAUGUGACACCUAUUAGAUUAAAUCCAAACUCAAAAACAGCUUAUGUUUCAAUAAUGAGAGGAUGUAACAACAUGUGCACAUAUUGUGUUGUUCCUUUUACUAGAGGACAUGAAAAAUCUCGACCUAUUACAAAUAUUUUAGAUGAAAUACAGCAACUAUCUGAUCAAGGUAUUAAAGAAAUAAUUCUUCUUGGUCAAAAUGUUAAUAGUUAUAGAGAUAUUUCUCAAUCAAAUUUUUACAUGAAUAAUAAUGUAAAGACAAAUCAUUCAAAAGACUUUACUACUAUAUAUAAAAAUAGAUUAGGAGGACUAAGAUUUAGUGAUUUAUUAGAUAAAGUUUCAUUAAUAAAUUCUGAAAUGAGAAUUAGAUUUACUUCUCCACAUCCUAAAGAUUUUCCUGAUGAAGUGUUAUAUUUAAUUCGUGAGCGAAAUAAUAUUUGUCAUCAGAUUCAUUUACCUGCACAAAGUGGAAGCAAUAAUGUUUUAAAAAGAAUGAGAAGAGGGUAUACUAAAGAAGCAUAUUUGAAUCUUGUAUAUCAUAUUAGAAGUAUAAUUCCAGGUGUACGGCUGUCUAGUGAUUUUAUUGCUGGUUUUUGUGAUGAAACAGAUGAAGAUUUUAAUGAAACUUUGAAUUUAUUAAAAGAAGUUAAAUAUACCAUGGCAUAUUUAUAUGCAUACAGCAUGCGUGAUAAAACUAGUGCCUAUCGAUGCUACAUUGAUAACAUAAAUAAAAAAAUUAAAAGAGCAAGAUUAGAAAAAAUGAUUAAAUUAUAUAGAUCAGAAGCAGAAAUAUUAUAUAAAACUCAAAUUGGACAAAAACAAUUAAUCUUAGUUGAUAAGAAAAGUAAGCGAUCGACUCAAAGUUUAGUUGGACGUAAUGAUGGAAAUAUUAAGGUAAUAUUUCCUGAUAUAACAAUACCAAACACUAAUAGAUCGUUAUCAUGCAAACAAAUAAAAUAUGGAGACUAUAUAGUUGUAAAAAUUACUGAUGCUAAUUCACAAACUUUAAAAGGAGUACCACUAUAUCAUAGUUCUAUAAAUGAAUUUUCAUUAAAUAAAUGAAAUUUAUUGUAAU